AAGUAUCAACAACCCUUCUCUCCUAAUCUCCUCCUCCUUCCCUUUUUUGUAGAGGACAUGGCGGUGGAGUUCAUGACCAAUUAUCGGAACGGCAGCUACUUGGGAGCCAAAAUGGAAGAAAACGCCGUCCAGGAAGCCGCUUCUGGACUCGAAAGCGUUGAGGAACUCAUCAGAUUAGUUUCUCAAACUCAACACCACCACCAAAAUAAUAAUAAUCAAGACAAGUAUCAACCUUCUUCUAUCUCAACAACAUCUUCCCUUGAUUUGGAAGCAGCAGCUGACGUUGCCGUUUCAAAGUUCAAGAGAAUUAUCUCUCUUCUUGGUCGAACCAGGAUCGGCCACGCUCGUUUCAGACGAGCCCCUUUAGUACAACCCGUUAACCGAAACCAAGAGCAAGAAGCUAAAGUUUAUUACGCAACGCCGAUCCAGCAGAAUCCGCCACCGGCUACUACUUAUCAUCAUGAUUUUUUGACGGUGAAAAGUGGGGUUUUAGAGAGGAAAGAUUCAUCCAAAACCAUUAAUUUUUCGUUUUCUUCCACUGGGAAUUCAUUUAUGUCAUCUUUGACCGGAGAUACUGAUAGCAAGCAGCCAUCUUCAUCGUUAUCACCGUUUCAAAUUACUAAUCUUUCUCAGGUUUCCUCGGUUGGGAAGCCUCCUUGGUCUUCUUCUUCUUCUUUCACGAGGAAGUGUAAUAACUCCGACAACUUGGGUUCCAGCAAGUGUAGUGGGUCCUCCGGUCCCUGCCAUUGCUCCAAGAAAAGAAAACUGAGAUCGAAAAGGGUAGUAAGGAUUCCAGCAAUAAAUCUGAAGAUGGCUGAUAUUCCACCGGACGAUUACUCAUGGAGGAAGUACGGUCAAAAACCAAUCAAAGGAUCUCCACAUCCAAGGGGCUACUACAAGUGCAGCAGCGUAAGAGGAUGUCCGGCUCGGAAGCACGUGGAAAGAGCCUUGGAUGAUCCAUCGAUGCUAAUUGUCACCUACGAAGGCGAUCAUAACCAUUCCCUGUCCAUUGCACAAACCACCAAUCUCAUCCUCGAAUCCUCCUAGUCCUAGUCAAACCAUUCCCAGUUCAACAAACACUGUCAAUAUCCAAGGAGAUACAUAUUUAGUGGGGUUGGUUCAUUUCUCUGUAAAAUAUUUAGCUUUGGUUUAACUGCUAUUAGAUUUUAUAUUCAAAAAAAGGAAAUUGGGUUCCCUUCCAAGUCUUCCAU